GAUGGGGCCCAGGCAGCCCCUCGUGGACAGACGGAUGCUCCUGGUCUGCAGCUAUAUCCUGGCCUCAGCUUUAGGCCAAAUGAAUUUCACGGGAGACCAGGUCCUUCGAGUCCUGGCCAGAGAUGAGGAACAGCUUUCACUUCUCAGAGGCCUGGAGGGCACGAAGCCCCUGAAGGUGGACUUUUGGCGUGGCCCAGCCAGGCCUAGCCUCCCUGUGGACAUGAGAGUCCCAUUCUCUGAACUGGAAGACGUCAAGGCAUUCCUGGACUCUCAUGGCCUUACGUACAGUGUCAUGAUCAAGGACAUCCAGGUGCUGCUGGAUGAAGAGAGAGAAGCUAUGGCGAAAUCCCGCCGGCUGGAGCGCAGCACAAGUAGCUUCAGUUACUCCUCUUACCACACCCUGGAGGAGAUCUAUAGCUGGAUGGAUAGCUUUGUAACAGAGCAUUCAGAUCUCGUCUCCAAAAUCCAGAUUGGCCUCAGCUUUGAAAACCGGUCCAUUCUUGUCCUAAAGUUUAGCACUGGAGGUUCUCAACGCCCAGCCAUCUGGAUCGACACUGGGAUUCACUCGCGGGAGUGGAUUACCCAUGCCACAGGCAUCUGGAUUGCCAAGAAGAUCGUUAAUAAUUACGGCAAAGACGACGUCUUGACAAACAUACUGAAUGCCAUGGACAUCUUCAUGGAGAUUGUCACCAACCCUGAUGGGUUUGCUUUCACCCACAGCAUGAACCGCUUGUGGCGGAAAAACAAGUCCACCAGACCCGGAGUCUUCUGCAUUGGCGUGGAUCUCAACAGGAACUGGAAGACGGGGUUUGGAGGAAAUGGUUCUAAUCAAAACCCCUGCUCAGAGACUUACCGCGGACCCUUUCCUCAGUCAGAGCCUGAGGUGGCAGCCAUUGUGGAGUUCAUCACAGCGCACGGGAAGAUCAAGGCCCUGAUGUCCAUACACAGCUACUCCCAGAUGCUCAUGUACCCUUAUGGCUACACACUGGAGCCUGUUUCCAACCAGAAGGAACUGUACCAUCUGGCCAAGGAGGCAGUGAAGGCCCUCUAUGAGGUCCAUGGGGUCGAAUACAUCUACGGCAGCAUCAGUACCACCCUCUAUGUGGCCAGUGGGAUCACCGUUGACUGGGCCUAUGACAGAGGAAUCAAGUACGCCUUCAGCUUUGAGCUCCGGGAUACGGGACGCUACGGCUUCCUGCUGCCAGCCUCACAGAUUGUCCCCACCGCUCAAGAGACGUGGAUGGCCAUCCGUACCAUCAUGGAGCACAUCCAGAAGCACCCUUACUAG